AUGAAGAGUUUUGACAUCGAACAUUUCUAUUUGGUGUCCACUGACGCUAAUAUUCAACAAUGUGCUCGUCGUCACACUCAAAACGGUCAUUCUACGUUCACAUUGACAACUCGUGAAUACCACAAGGAUGAGUACACAGAGACCAGGAAAAACGUGAAUAAGGAAGACUUUAACAAGACGAACAAUCCAUGUACUCACUGUCUAGUACUCAGAGGAAGAAACCUGCCUCUUCCUGAUGUUCGAUUCUCUCCCAUCAAUACAAAAUGGCUAAGGUGUUUUCACUCAGUUUAA